AUUUGCGGCCAUUUUCACUCGAGUGUGUGGAUGUUGCUGCUUGCUUCACAUAUGACAACAAAAAUAUUAAAACCCAGAAGAAAAGUCGUGUGCCGUGUUUAUGUGAAUUAUAAUACCGGCUACAUGUUUGUGCUAACACUAUAGUUUUAAAAUGGCUGACGAAAACAUAUCUAAGCUCUUAAUCAAGUUGACUCAGGAUGGACAUCUGUGUAAGAUUAAAAAACAAAUAGAGGAAAGGAGCGUAAUUAAACAGUCUAUAAAUGCACAUUUUGGGAAAUCUGGAGACACUCUGUUGCAUUAUGCUGCCAGACAUGGACAUUUAGAUAUUGUGAGGUAUUUUGUUGAAGACUUGAACAUGGACGUCGAGCUGCACAAUAAUGACUACAAGCGAGCUUUACACGAAGCUUCUUCCAUGAGUCAUGAGCAGUGUGUUCGCUACCUUAUCGAUAAAGGAGCAAAAAUUGACUGUCUAAAGAAGGCAGACUGGACUCCUCUUAUGAUGGCCUGCACGCGCCACAACUUUGAAGUUAUCAAAGUGCUUCUGGAGCAUGGUGCUGACCCGACUCUGCAGAAUAAAGAUGGCUGGAACUCAUUCCACAUUGCAUGUCGAGAGGGCGAUCCAGCUGUGAUAGAGCACCUUCUGUACACCAGGCCGGAAGUGUGGAGGACAGAGAGCAAGACACGCCGGACUCCUCUACAUACUGCUGGUAUUGCUAUGCAUGGCUGUCUGGAAGUUGUCAAGAUUCUUCUUGAGAGAUGUGAUUAUAAGCCUGACGAGAAAGACAGCUGUGGAGUUACACCAUUCAUGGACGCUGUGAGAAAUGGACAUCUGGGUGUAGCCAAGCUGCUGCUGGAGAAACACCAAGCCUGUCCAACUGCUGUAGAUAUUCUGGGAGCACAGCCACUACAUCAGGCCUCUGUAACAGCCGAAGAAGAGGCACUGCGUUUCCUCGUACACGAGCUUAGCAUUGACGUGAAUGUGAGAGCCACAGCAUUGGAGCUUACAGCUCUUCAUUACGCUGCUAAGGAAGGACACACGAGCACCAUAAAAACCCUGCUGCAGUUAGGUGCUGAUCUUCAUGCUAGGGAUAAGAAAGGACGGUCAGCUUUACACAUGGCAUGCAUCGGCCAGCAUGCGAUCACAGCAAGGACCCUGUUACGGCUCGGACUCACAGAUACAGAGGACAACACGGGCACUACAGCUAGACAGCAUGCCAAGAAACCAGACAUAACCAGAGUGUUCGAGACACCUGAGGAGCCAGAGCCUUAACAAGCAGCUAUCCAGAUAAAUCAUAUUAAAUUAUAAUACUAAAGCAGUUCUGUGCAAAUAUAUUUGAAAUAAAUCAAGCACUUCUGUGUGGAA